AUGCCCAGACUUGUGCGUCGCAGGCCGCUCUGGGAGCGCGUCGCGUCGAUGCUGAACCCCAUGGACUUUCUGCUCUGGCUGUCCGAGGAGAUUGAGACGCGCGAUUGGGACUCGCAAUUGGUGGGCACCCAGCUUGGCCUGGGCCUCAACUUUACUUUCCUCUUGGCGCGAGCCAACUCGGGGUCGACGACAUCCAGCGACGACGUGUUUGGCGACGAUGCGAGCUCGAGCUGGCUGUCCCUUAUUGUCUACCCUCUGGUCUGGGCUCUCGUGGCCUUUUCUAUGACCAACGCCGUCUACACCAUCUCGCGAACGAGAAAGUACAGGAUGUUCGAGGCAAGCAUCGAGACCCAACCGUCGACGCCUUCGGCACGUCGAGUUAGAGCGCAGUCGUCGCCGGUCUCCUCGUCGCCGCUCCGCUUCAUAGCCGACAUGAUGACGCCCGAAUCCGCCGAAUCGCGAGCGCACCCCGACAAGAAUAAGGACGUGUGGGAGCUUUCGGUUUGGGACCCGCUCCCUGUGUGUAUCCGGCUCUUCUGCUUCUUCAGCCCCGGGCACGUCCUCGUCUAUCUCCUCUUCCUCCCGCUCGCGCCUCUCGACCCUCGGCCCAGCAUGACGGUCUUCAACACGUUGGUGAUGCAGAUUGUUCUGUCGGCCCAGCUGCUCCUGCUCUCUGCGCGCUUCUCUCAGCAAGCCAAGGAUACGACAAUCAUCCAGAGGGAGGUCAUGCAUGAAUACGAUGCCAAGUUUGUCCACCCUCGACUGUAUCCGGUAGUCAGAGACGUGGGAACCCAAGCGUCGGAAGAGCAAUCGACCACCAAAGCCCAGGAUUUGGUGCAAUUCAGCACCCCAACGACGCUGCUGAGACGCAACUUCAAGCCACACCGCAACCCCCAUGCUGACUCCCCCGAGGCCACCCCAGUCAAAAGCCACAGCAAUCUCAUGAAGCCGCAAAUGUUCACGCCUCCUGUCCGGCGGGCAGAAUCGUUGGCCCCGACGACCGAGGCGCAAACCGGGACUCGUGUCCUGCCUUCGGCAGGCACUCAGAACUUUGCAGGGAACAUGGGUAUUUAUACACACAACAAGUCGCCGCUUAAGAAGGCGAUCAGCAUGGGAGACAUUAACAAAUCUGGCCAGCCCUCGCCGAGGAACUCUAGAGAAAUGGCAGCCUACGAGCAGCGAAGCCGGGAGCCUCCGAGCAGCCCGACCAAGCACUCGGAGCAGAGGAAAAGCCUGGGGGCAGGCGCGCAAACCUCGUCACUCCCGCUGACCAACAUGGGCAGACACAGGCCGCAGUACGAGAGAUACCCGUCGCGAUGGUAG